AUGGAUUUACUUGAAGUACCUGAACAUGUGCAUCCACUAAAGCUCAUUGAUUUGCAACUAGAGUAUCCACUAUACUAUGAAGAUGAAGAAGAAGAUGAUGAUGAUGAUGAGGGUGGUGAUCUGAUUAUUAAAAAGCACUUUCAUGGUGUCCCUUGUGAUAGGUGUGGUCAAGAUAUUCAUGUGUACCAUAAACACUACUACAUGUGUAUGGAAGAUUCUUCAUGUCAUUUCUCUCUGCACAAAUUUUGUGCUGAGCUCCCAUCUAUGUUAGAGUACCCAUUACACCCACAUCCUCUUAUACUCGAUGAAAAUCAAACAUAUUCUUCAUGCAAUGUUUGUAAAAAAACGCAUAAUGGAAUGUGGUACAUAUGUUCUAAAUGUUAUUUUAGAAUUCAUGUGAUCUGUGCCCUAGAAGUAGGAAAAAUUGUCAUCCAUCAUCCUUGCCACCCUCACUUACUAAUGUGUUCUAUCCCUAAUAAGCCUAUUUUAUGCGAAUGUAGUGCUUGUGGUAAAAGACAUGAAGGGAUCUUCUAUCAAUGUACCAUUUGUCAUGGCUUCACCAUACACACUGAAUGUGCUUUCCUACCAAAAUCUUUGUUAAUCCAACAAACCACAUAUGAUGCUUUUUAUCAUACUCAUCCACUCACCAUUUCAUAUUCCUUCCCAAGAAAAGACCAAAAUGCUAAACAUAAUCCUAAAUGCAGAGUAUGCGGUAAACGGUUUUAUAAUACAGAGGAACUUUGGAUAUACAAAUGCGAUAAAUGUUUAUAUUAUGCUCAUGUGGAUUGUGCAACACCGACAAAAGAUCCAUUCAUGUCCAUCUUCUUGCCUCCUGGCCUUGGUAAAACCGUUAAAAAUUACAAAGAUGUUGACCAUCCUCAUCUUCUUCAUCUCCCAUUCCCGGAUGAAACAUACAGCUUACCAAAACACUUGUUUUUCCUAGAAAGUGGAACAAGCAAUUAUGAGGCAAACCUAAAAGAUGUAUUGCAUCAACACCCUCUAAUUCUAGUUAACCCGACGCAAAUUGAUAUCAAUUGUCAAACCUCCUCUUUGUUAUUGAAGUGUCAUAACCCAAUGAAAAAGACCCAACUGCUCUGCAAUGGAUGUAUUAGACCAAUCAUGUCAAGCAUGUUGUUUUACAAGUGUGCUGAGGUAAUUUGCAACUUUGCUCUUCAUGAGUGGUGCGCUCGACUUCCCCCAAAAAUAGAUAAACACCGAGGUCACCCACAACAUCCCCUAAAUCUCAUGCACUCAAACAUCCCUCAUUCAUUUUUCGAUGUGUUCUGUUGUGCUAUGUGCCAACAACCUUGCAAUGGAUUUGCAUAUUGUUGUGUCGAAUGUGGAUUCUAUAUUGAUGUUGGUUGUGGGUUUAUACCUGAAGAAAUCACACAUAAAGCUCACCCGAAUCACCUUCUUUCACUAGUUCGAUCACCAUAUUCUUAUUAUAAGUUUUGUCGUAUUUGUCUCACUUCUCUCAGGAGGUAUGAUUCUCUAAAAUCUCAUCUUUCAUACAAGUGCAAUGUUUGUAAUAUUUAUAUGCAUCCCCAAUGUACUUUGUUAUUACCUGAAACAAUCAAACGCAAGCAUGACAAGCAUCCCUUGCACCUAAGUUACCUCCCGAUAGAGAACCAUAAGGGUGAAUAUUUUUGUGAAGUUUGUGAGGAGGAUUUGAAUCCUCAUAGAUCUUUUUAUCAUUGUCAAGAUUGUGUUCAGUCCAUACAUACGGUUUGUGCUAAAUUGAUACUUCAGAGCGAGACAUACAAUCUUUCUCAUUACUUGAAAGGCCUUCAUGAUUUUGUGAAUAUAAAGUUUGGAGACAUUCUUAAGAGUGAUGGUCACCAACACCCUCUCUCAUUUGCUCAAGGAAUUGUGUCGGAUGGUCGAUGCAACAUAUGUUAUAAUAAUUUUAACUGUGAUAUGAUCUUUAAAUGUCUCGAGUGUAAGUUUGCAAUCCAUUACAAGUGUUGUGAGCGUUUGAACAAUUUAUGA